UGCUACUUGAGAAUGACUAAAUGUGUCAUGUUUCAAUAAUUCGAGUGACUAAAUGUAUUAUGUUUCAAUAAUUUCGAGUUACCCUAAUAAAUAAGUUCGAGAUUCAAACAAACAUAUUUCGAGUCGAACUGGAAAACCAGCGGUGAGAAAAAUAACGAAAUUUGUAGAUUCGGGAUUUGGAGCUUCGCAAUCUCUCUCUCUACCGUUAAUCUCGUAUUUCAUUUCCCAAGCACACUCUUUGCUUCCUACUGAACACAAUCGAAUCAUUUCUAUGCCCUCUGCUCCUAGAUCGGAGCUCAACAAACCAGGAGGCCGCCGGCCUUGCCUCCGGAUCGAAAGGAGCAGUAGAAGAAGAGAAAGAAGAUGUUGCGGCUGAAAGCAUUCAGGCCGAACCACGACAAGAUCUUGAAGAUUCAAUUGCAUCCCACGCAUCCAUGGCUUGUAACCGCCGACGCUACCGAUCGCGUCUCCGUCUGGAAUUGGGAGCACCGCCAGAUUAUAUACGAGCUCAAAGCCGGUGGUGUUGACGAGAGGCGUUUGGUCGGCGCCAAGUUGGAGAAGCUCGCCGAGGGCGAAUCCGAGCCCCGAGGGAAACCUACUGAAGCCAUGAGAGGUGGCAGUGUUAAGCAGGUGAAUUUUUAUGAUGAUGAUGUACGGUUUUGGCAAUUAUGGAGAAACCGAGGUGCAGCUGCGGAGGCUCCUUCCGCUGUCAAUAAUGUCACUUCUACAUUCACUUCCCCGGCUCCUUCAACCAAAGGGAGGCAUUUUCUCGUCAUCUGUUGUGAAAAUAAAGCAAUAUUUUUGGAUUUGGUGACUAUGCGUGGCCGUGAUGUACCCAAGCAAGAGCUCGACAAUCGAUCACUUCUCUGUAUGGAGUUCCUCUGUAGAUCCACUGCUGGUGAAGGUCCUCUGGUUGCUUUUGGUGGAUCAGAUGGUGUUAUUAGAGUUCUUUCGAUGAUCUCGUGGAAGCUUGUACGUAGAUACACGGGAGGUCAUAAAGGUGCCAUAGCUUGCUUAAUGACCUUCAUGGCUUCCUCCGGUGAGGCGCUACUUGUUUCGGGUGGUAGUGAUGGUCUACUUGUACUUUGGAGUGCUGACCACGUUCAUGAUUCAAGGGAGCUUGUGCCCAAGCUAAGUUUAAAGGCACAUGACGGCGGGGUUGUAGCUGUUGAGCUUUCUAGAGUAAUUGGAGGUGCUCCACAACUUAUUACAAUUGGUGCUGAUAAGACAUUAGCUAUAUGGGACACAAUGUCUUUCAAGGUGCUGUGCAGACACAAAUUUGCUUUGCACAAUCUUUAUUCAUCUUGUUGAUUCCCUUUAUCUUGUCUUCUUUUGCACAAAUGCAGGAGUUGCGGCGUAUCAAACCUGUUCCAAAAAUGUCUUGUCACAGUGUUGCAUCUUGGUGCCAUCCGCGAGCUCCAAACCUUGACAUUUUAACUUGUGUCAAGGAUUCCCAUAUAUGGGCGAUUGAACAUCCAACUUAUUCAGCCCUCACUAGGCCAUUGUGUGAGCUGUCUUCCCUCAUCCCACCACAGUAUACAAUAGGAAGCAAGAAACUCAGGGUACAGAACUGUCUCUCAAGCUUCUAUGUGUACUGCAUGGUUGCACAUCCUCUACAGCCUCACCUUGUUGCUACUGGAACUAAUGUUGGUGUUAUUAUCAGUGAGUUUGACCCUAAAUCUCUGCCAGCAGUGGCACCCCUGCCAACACCACUAGGAAACCGUGAACAUUCUGCUGUCUAUGUAAUUGAAAGGGAAUUGAAACUGUUGAACUUCCAACUUUCCAACACGGCGAAUCCAUCUCUUGGAAGUAAUGGCUCUAUAUCUGAUACUGGAAAGCUCAAGGGAGAUGCUGAACCGCUACAUGUCAAACAGAUUAAAAAGCACAUUAGCACACCUAUUCCUCAUGAUUCAUAUUCGGUUGUUUCAGUCAGCAGUUCUGGAAAGUAUCUUGCGAUUGUCUGGCCCGAUAUUCCCUACUUCUCUAUAUACAAAGUCAGUGACUGGUCUAUUGUAGAUUCAGGGAGUGCACGGCUUCUGGCUUGGGAUACAUGCCGUGAUAGAUUUGCUAUAUUGGAAUCUGCCGUGCCUCCUAGGAUUCCUAUAAUUCCUAAAGGAGGUUCCUCAAGGAAGGCAAAGGAAGCAGCUGCGGCUGCUGCUCAGGCUGCCGCUGCAGCUGCUAGUGCUGCCGCUACUGCUAGUGUCCAAGUUCGGAUUUUGCUUGAUGAUGGGACAUCAAAUAUAUUAAUGAGGUCCAUAGGUGGUCGCUCUGAGCCAGUUAUUGGUUUGCAUGGAGGUGCACUAUUAGGUGUGGCUUAUCGGACAUCACGGAGGGUCAGCGCUGGUGCAGCAAUGGCUAUUUCAACCAUUCAGCCAAUGCCAUUGUCUGGCUUUGGAAGUUCCUUCACAACAAUUGAUGAUGCAACACAUCGUUCUGCUGCUGAGGCAGCCCCUCAAAAUUUCCAGUUAUACAGUUGGGAAAGUUUUGAGCCCGUCGGUGGUCUACUUCCUCAUCCAGAAUGGACUGCAUGGGACCAAACUGUGGAGUAUUGUGCUUUUGCUUACCAACAAUACAUUGUAAUAUCAUCCUUGCGACCCCAAUAUCGAUAUCUUGGAGAUGUCGCAAUCCCUUACGCUACUGGUGGUGUAUGGCAUCGGAGGCAGCUUUUUGUUGCCACACCAACUACUAUUGAGUGUGUUUUUGUGGAUGCUGGAGUUGCUGCAAUUGAUUUGGAAACUAAAAAGAUGAAGGAAGAGAUGAAACUGAGAGAGGCACAAGCUAGGGCAGUUGCUGAGCAUGGGGAGCUAGCACUGAUUGCAGUAGAAAGUCCUCAGACCUCAGCACAAGAAAGAACAGCAUUGCGACCACCAAUGCUGCAGGUGGUUCGUCUAGCUUCAUUCCAGCAUGCUCCUUCAGUGCCACCUUUCUUAACAUUACCAAAGCAGACUAGGGUCGAUGGUGAUGACCCCACAAUGCCAAAAGAGAUGGAAGAUAAAAAGUACAAUGAGGUAGCUGUUGGUGGAGGAGGGGUGUCUGUGGCUGUUACACGCUUUCCAACAGAACAAAAACGACCUGUGGGACCUCUUGUUGUCAUUGGUGUAAGAGAUGGAGUUCUGUGGCUUAUUGAUAGGUAUAUGUGCGCACAUGCCUUAUCUCUCACUCAUCCUGGUAUUCGUUGCCGGUGUCUGGCUGCUUAUGGAGACGCUGUUAGUGCAGUGAAAUGGGCAAGUAGGCUUGGUAGGGAACAUCACGACGAUUUGGCACAGUUUUUAUUAGGAAUGGGUUAUGCUACCGAAGCACUUCAUUUACCUGGAAUAUCUAAAAGGUUGGAGUUUGAUCUGGCCAUGCAGAGUAAUGACUUGAAAAGAGCUCUUCAUUGCCUUCUCACUAUGAGCAACAGUAGGGACAUUGGGCAAGAUGGUACGGGCCUGGAAUUGAGUGACAUCCUUAAUUUGACUGCUAAGAAGGAAGAUGUUGUUGAAGCUGUUGAGGGAGUUGUGAAAUUUGCCAAGGAAUUUUUGGAUCUCAUUGAUGCUGCGGAUGCUACCGGUCAAGCUGACAUUGCUCGUGAAGCACUCAAGAGGUUAUCCACUGCAGGAUCAGUGAAAGGUUCCUUACAGAGCCAUGAAUUAAGAGGACUUGCCUUACGACUUGCAAAUCACGGAGAGUUAACUCGACUAAGUGGUUUGGUAAACAAUUUGAUUUCAAUUGGCCUGGGUCGGGAAGCAGCGUUUGCAGGAGCAGUUCUAGGUGACAAUGCUCUGAUGGAGAAAGCAUGGCAGGACACUGGCAUGCUUGCUGAAGCUGUCCUUCAUGCCCACGCUCACGGGCGACCAACACUCAAGAACUUGGUUCAGGCUUGGAACAAGGUGCUGCAGAAGGAGGUUGAGCACACUCCCUCAACAAAAACCGACGCAGCAGCUGCCUUCCUUGCAUCACUCGAGGAACCCAAGCUCACAAGUCUCGGAGACGCUGGAAAGAAGCCACCCAUUGAAAUUCUCCCUCCUGGAAUGCCAUCUCUAACCGGUCUAAUCACUACCCAGAAAAAACCUGCCCCUGGAACCCCGAGUGCACAGAAGCAACAAACACCGAGUCAACCAUUACAGCUCGAGGCACCUCCCGCCACAACACCGGAACCCGGUGCUACAUCUGCAAAUACAGCUGCACCACCUACAGAUGGUGCACCGGCAACUACGCCAGCACAACAAGAUGCCGCUCCACCAUCAGAAACCAGCGAACCACCAACUGCAGACGGGCAAGAAGCUGCUACCAUUUCUUCAUCUGCUAGUAAUCCAGAUCUAGCUGCAUCAGGUGACAACAAUAAUGUACCCCCCUCCGCAAGUAACCCUGAGCCGGUCCCUUCUGGUGAAACUGUCCAAGCUCCCGAAGAGCACUCGGAUGGAGGAGACAAGGUUGCAACAAUAACAGUAGCACACUCCCAACAAGAACCCUCAUUGCCAACAAAUAACCAGGGAGGAACCGUUAGUCAUCCCCCGACGUUAAGCAUGAGUGAGUUUCUUUCCUAAACCAAUGAUGAACGAGGCGUAGCGUAGUGACGAUUCUUUUCUGUGAUUAUGUUUAUUUGAACCAAUUGCCAUGAUGUGGGGGAAAUUUUCUCGUUAGCUUAGCAAGUUUGUGCCUUAGGGAUGUGUAUAAAAUCUUGUAUGAUGUAUUUUGGUGAUGUAGAUUGUACGAUGCCAUUUUUUACAGUACGGGGUUAGGGGGGAGAGAUUGGAUUUUUUUGUAGCCGGUGGGCCAUAGUUUUUCUUCUGGGUUUGUAUUGUAUUUGCUUCUUCUAGAAUCGAAAAGAAAGCAAUUUGAGGGUCCUGAAGGUUUUCUAAAUAUGUUGGAUUGUUUAUAAAUGUUUAAAGGACUUCUCUUUCACAAUAGUACA